UUCAUGGAAUAAGUAGCAACUUCAAUACAAAUCAAAAUUGAAAGCAAUUCGCGUGUCCUCAGAAAAGCUGUAGUAAGAUGGGUGCUUUAGACUCCUUCCUUGAGUACAUAUUUGAGUCUGGAACUAUGGCAGCAGGCCUAUUCACAUUAAUUAUCUUGGCCAUCAUAAUUGUAACCGGUUGGCAUCCAAUGCAAGGACGUAGAAAACCACCGCAAGAACUCUACAUAUCUACCUCUCACGGAGACGCUAGUAUCAUAAUGAUACAUCAGGCUGACACGCGAAUAUUUGAUACUUCAAGCAUCAGCUUUGGGCUAACCUCAUUUUUUAACGGCAAUGAAACAAACAGGCAACGUUUGAAUAGUUUAUUGCUAAUACCUUUAGAUGGAUUAUUGAGACAAGAAAGAAAUAGACUUUUCCGUGAAUACAGGAGGAAUGUCAGAUCAGAUUUCGGUCUGCGCCGAAAUCACGUGGAUGAGGUGAUCCGAGAGAAUUCGUCGCAGACUUCUCAUCGCACGACUACAUUUACAACAAGGGAAAGAAUUAAGGAAGUCACCGACAACGUGACGCAGACAUCCAAUCAUGACAUUGGUCUAAGUGCUAGUGAAAUUGCAACGCAAACCUCUAGUAGCCCACCACCACAACAAGAAAGCGACUCCGAUAAACGAAUGGAGCAAGCUGUUCAAGUCAACACUAUUGAUGUACCAGUGGGAGUCGACAACUCUGGCAGAGUUGUUGUUUGUCGCCCAAGAUCUAGCAUUAUGAAUCUAGAUUUUGCUCAAAUGAAUGUUAAUGAACGUUCUAGACAAUAAAGCAUCUUACUACAAGUAA